UUUCCUUGGUGAGAUAUUUUUGCAUGUUAACCUGUGAAUUCCUGCGAUAUUUAUCUCACCGAAGAUGUGACAAGCACAAUAUAGAAAUGGAGUUUAACUGGUAAAAGUAAUUAGUGCAAAUAAAACCACUGAUCGUAGGAAAUGAGUAAAAUUCUUGAGGAUCGGCCUGAGGAAAGAUAGUUUUUCGAAGUAGUUCAAACACAAUACGGACCAUGGUGUAGAGUUAACGAUGGAUUAGAAAGUGAUCAUUAAAAAACUGAGAAAAAAAAGUUUUAAUAUAAUGAAAAACAGACGGAAGGAAUUCUGCAGGUGUUAAGAGAUCAUAGGGUGAAAGUUUUCCUACAUUCCAAGGAAUUUAAACCUAUUUUCCGUUUUACCGUUCCGCUUUGAGAUUUUUUUAUUCCAGUCGGUUUUUCACAGGAGUGAAAAAAAAUGGAGUAUAUACGGAGCAUAGUAUUAAUUUUUCUUAUAGUACCAUUUCUGUCUGUGAUAAAAGUAUCUAAUGCAUUACAUUUCACCAAAACAUCUAGAACGUUUGCGAAAUUUCCAAAAUGGAAUGCAUGUACCAACAGUUCAUUUAGUUUUGAUUUUAAAACUGGAAACAGCAAGGCCCUGCUCAUGUAUACGGAUGAUAACGGUGGCUAUGAUUACGUCGAGUUAAUGGUUCACGGCGGCGCGGUGCGUUUACGUAUGAAUAUCGUUGACGGACAUGAAGGCAGCAUCGAAAUAACGUUAGGACGUAACGUAAACGACAGACGUUGGCACAGAGUAGAAGUUCAGAGAAACCGUAUGGAAACAACGUUAUAUCUGGAUGAAUUUCACGAAAGCAGGGUUGCGUUUGGCUCCGACUUCUAUUUUGGAAAUGUUAGCAGAAACAAUUUUGUAUAUUUUGGUGGGUUACCUCGGAGUUAUAGAAGUACCUUAAGCAAACUAUCAUUGCCCUCGGUUUAUGCUGAGCCGCGCCUUGAAGGAGAUAUACGAAAUGUGAUUUAUGGUAACUGCUCGUGCCGCCCCGUGCGAGGAGAGAUGCUGGAAGGGGAGUCGAUUUCACGUGUACCUAUGGAAGGAUGCGAAGUGAAAAAUGAGUGUGGUCGAUGCCUGUGUAUAAGCGGGGAUGAUGGGCCAGGCUGCCAGUGUCUAGGCUUCAGUUGCCCACAGGACAGUAGCACGUACUACCAUCUUCCAAUGGACGUUAUUAACAACGAUAUGAUUCCAAAUCCUUCUGGUCUGGAUGCCGAGGUCACCGGAAGUCCACAGCUAGUAAACGGUGUCAUGUACAAAGCACUCCGAAUAAAUGGCGCGCGGCAAAAGGUGAAGGUUUCAGGACCAGGUCACAGAAACGAAUGCUUUGGGGAUCUAAGUCAAUGUCCCGACGGGUACACGAUCGGUUUGUGGCUUAAAUUUGACAGAACUGGGAGAGGGAAAGGUGUUUACCUUUCUAAUGGCGGCCAUGAAACUAGUUCACACGGCGUUGCCAUGUUGUAUGAAACCGGAAGUAUACAGUGGAUAUUCCGGAAGAAGUCCGGACAGGAAUGGCGGGCCACCGCAAACAAUGUUUUACCCCGAAGAUGGUACCACGUUGCUGUCACGUGGUCAGAGAGAAAAGGACUCCUCAUUUACAUCAACGGAAACAAGGCUGCUCAGGGAAGCACACCCACCAUGAACCCCGGUAAAUCUACCGUCUCAACAUUCAAUGACUUCAUAAUUGGCCAAUCAAAUGACGCGACAGGAACACGUGACCUCGGCGUAAUGACUGUCGACGAUUUCCAAUUCUGGUCAAGGCGCUUAAGUGAAACAGUUCUAAGGGAAAAGGGACCAAUCUACCAAUAUCACCUUACAAUGGACCAAUUACAAGACGGGCAACUCAUUACAAAGACGCUGGAACCAAGAACAAUAGGCCGCCUACGAAAGGUCUCCGGGAAAAUAGGGAAAGCCGUUCAACUUCCGGGGCGUGGCCAGUACAUCGACCUUGGUUUCUUCGGCGAUACAUGUCUAGGGAACACAAGUCUAUGCAUGUAUGGUUUUACAAUAUCGUUGUGGAUUAAGUUUGACAGAUUAGAAAGUGAUAGAUCUACUUAUUACAUUGCUUCCGGAGGGUCAGGAUUUUCAAUCUUCACUUAUGGAAACCGCAUUUAUGCUAAUGUUCAAUAUGGCGACCGUCAGUACCAAGCUUCCGGUUCCGCUGUAGAGACUGGCGUCUGGUAUUUCACUGAGAUCACGUGGAAUCCUACUACCGGUUUGGAAAUAUAUAUUGACCAAGUUUUAAGAGUGUCACAGUCGGCAAGCAACCAUUAUCAAGUGACUUCGUCCAGUAAUGAUAACUUCUAUAUCGGCCGAGCAAAUACUAAAAUGUACAAUGAAAGAUAUGCGGCUGCAGAAUUUGAUGACAUUCGCAUCUACAAUGCAGACAUUGACCGCUUGUUGGCAAUUGACUUUAUUCAUAGAGAAAAACCAAGGAAACAGUACUUCGGUUUCGAUGAAAUGGACGGCUCAAGAAUCAAGCAUCCAUCGAUCAUGAUUGAUACUCAAGGAAAUGCUAAGCUGGUACCCGGAAAGAUAGGUCAAGCUCUUAGACUCAACGGGAACCAGCAGAAAGCUGAUUUUGACAAUGGCGACGACUGUCUCGGAAACAUAGAUUAUUGCAGACAUGGCAUUCUAAUGUCAUUUUGGUUCAGACCAGAGCAAGCGAAAGAGGGCAUGUAUUACCUAUCUACUGGAAAGAACGGAAUAGAUCUAUCCUACAUGGAUGGGAAGUAUAAGAUCCGAAUCUCUAAUUCAGUAUAUAUAUGGGAAUUAAUGAUGUCACAGCUGAAAGAAAACACGUGGUAUUUCAUGGAAAUCUCGUGGUCGGAAGAAGUUGGACUGAAACUGUACGUGAACAACAAGCUAAUAGAGGGAGACCGUUAUCCAACUGAAGUGGAGUGGGAUGGACGUACAAGAGUCACCGACAAGUUCAUCAUAGGCCAAAGUAAUGACGCCGGAAGCGGAAGUCUGUACGGUGCUGCCACCUUCGAUGAAAUGGAAUUUUGGUAUGCGUCACGUGACUACCUGUUAUCGUUUGGUUACAUUCAGAGAGGAAAGCCAACGAAUUAUCAUAUUGGCAUGGAGGCAAUCAAAGAUGGAGGAAAGCAGAUUGACUUUAAGUCACUUCCUGUUAUGUUAAAAGGAUAUCCGCUGCUGGUGCCCGGAAAAUUCGGUAAUGCGUUGAAAUUAAGCGGAAACAGUCAGUAUAUUGAUUUUGGUGAACGCACUGAUGCCUGCUUGACUAAUCUAGAUGCCUGUGACUUUGGUAUAUCCAUCUUUUUCUGGGUGAAAAUUGACAGUUAUGAUAAUAACAUGUACCUAUUAUCCACGGGCGAAGAAGGCAUUAAACUGUACUACAACAGAGGUUACAUUUAUAUCACCGUUGACCAUGGUAGGAAAUCUUGGAGAAUGAGUGUUCCAGAAAUUACAGAGAACGAAUGGCAUUUCCUAGAACUUUCAUGGCAUCCUGAAUUCGGUCUAAGCUUUUAUAUUGACAACGAACUUCAAGAUCUCGUGAGUUACCGUUCUAUACCGGAAAUACGUGCAACAGGAAGUGAACAUUUCUAUAUCGGCGCGCCAAACACAGAAGAUGUCAGAGGUCAACGAUUUAGCUAUGCCGAUAUGGCGGUGGAUGAAGUCGAAAUAUGGUAUGGCAGACGAGAGGAACUGUUAGCUUUUGACUAUAUCGUCAGAGAAAACGUAGGCUACGAGUCAUUCUCCAUGGAAACUGCUUCCGGUGGCGUCAUUGACCAUCCGAACUAUCGUGUCACUCUAGAACGAGGCGCAAGGCUGGUACCCGGUAAGAUUGGAAACGGUGUUUCCCUCCAAGGAAAUGGAGACUACGUCGAUUUUGGGCAGCACAUGGACAAAUGUUUUGCAAAUAUAGCAGAAUGUAAACAUGGACUUACAAUAUCGCUGUGGUUAUAUCCACGAAGUUUGAGAACAGAUCAGUACUUUUUAUCCAGCCCAACAUAUUCGCUAUAUUUUGAUAACGGAGAACUUAAAUCUAAAUUUAUGUCGUCUGAUAAAGCGUGGACCGUUAGCUCUGGAAAUAUAAACCUGAAUGAUUGGAAUAAUAUCAUGUUAUCAUGGGACCAAGAACAAGGACUUAAAAUGUACUUAAACGAUAGACUGAUGGACAGAGACAGGGAACCAGCUGACCUGAUGCAAAGUGAUGAACCUCAGACCGGAAGUUUGUAUAUUGGGAAACCCUCGGAUGAUUCCAUUGAUGGAACAGCAAAUAUGAUGGCGGAUGAGGUGCAGUUCUGGUACGCUAAUAUGGAAAGACUGCGCUCUCAAGGAAUAAACGGAGGCCGCAUUCAUGAAGUUGUACCGCUGAGUCAGAUGCCGUCAAGUGGAAUAUUGAAGUUGCCGACAAGAACGAUAAGUCUGAAAGGAGGCGCGAGUGUUGUACAGGGCCAACACGGACGUGCUAUCAGGCUUGCUGGCAAUGGUCAGUACAUGGAGAUGGGUGACAACCUCACGUGCGGCGGUAACCUUGACAACUGUCGUCAAGGCUUCACGAUGCGUUUCGCAGCCAAACCUGAAAAACUCCUCACCAACAUGUACUAUCUUGACAGCUAUCCAGUGUCUAUAUUUUACCGUGAUGGAAAGUUAUAUGCAACCAUAAGAACGAGUACAAAGACGUGGACUGUGGCGGCUCCAGGGUUCAAGACCGGCGAGUGGCAGGUUGUGGACGUAUCCUGGCAUCCAGAAGUCGGACUGACGAUGUAUGUUAAUGAUGAGGAAGUCGGGGCACACAAGACACACGGCACUGACAUCGAACCUGUGUAUGACUACGAUAGAAACACUUACUUCGGUAAAGCAAUGACCGAUAUGAGAAGUGAAAGGUACGCUGAUACGACAAUUGAGAAUUUUGAGAUAUGGAAUGUCCGUCGGGAUGUCUUGACGGCGGACGGUACUUCGUCGGGUAUCGGCGGAGACCUCAACCCCGGCGGCAAGUCAACUCCGAAACCAGCUCUACCAACAACGCAGAUUAACACAUUACAGCCUCCGAGUGCCGACGAUUCUACAACACAAGUUUUUGUGACCAGUUUCCCGCAAAAUGGAAAUACUCAACUUGUUAAUAUUGGUACCCGGCUUCUUAAAACGACUGUUAACACAACGUCCAGCAUCAUCCGGUUCCUCGGAAACUCUUACAUCCGGUAUGACCUCAACGUACUUACGGCGGAAAUGCUUGUGCCUACCGACAAAGAGUCUAUGUCAAUGCAGUUCAUCACACAGGCUUAUGACCAAGAGGGACUGAUGUGGAUAUUCAAAGGAAACAAUGGCCAAAAGAUGCAUAUAGUUUUUAAGGAUGGUUACCUGAUCUUUACCUACGAUGAUAGCCGAGGGUCUCCGCAGCAGGCGAUUUUACGACAUCCGGAUUCUCGAGUUUUAAAUGACUUCAGGUGGCACACAGUUAGAAUCGACAAGGACGGCCGAAAUCUGAAAUUUUAUAUUGAUAAUGCAUAUGCCUCCGAGAUGACGACGAGGUCAGAAGUUCAGUUUGUCAGUAGUGGUGAGGUUUUUCUUGGUGGUACACAACAGACAGGCGUUGACACAGGCGGCGUUACGAGCUCCAACUUUGGUGGUGCUUUGACUGACGUGGAAUCUACCAAGGUUAGAGGACCAUCUAAUGAGCUGAUAAUAAGUUUCCUGCAGGCGGUAGAGGGCGCUGACAAGUCAGGAACGAUUAAUAUUAUUCCUCCUUGGGAGUGGAACAAUGGAUCCUACCAGUGGGGUACUACCCGACCGCCACCAACCACCCCACCGCCCGCGAGACCCACUCCCGUCACAUUCACAUCCGGUUCUUCUAUGUUUUAUUUACGUGACCCACUUGACCUGCGCACUGGAGGAUCUCUCAGUUUCCGCUUCCGGACAUUGGAACCACGUGGUUUGCUGGCAAUUGCGCGUGGAAGCAUUCAGAGUCCUACGUUUUUCGCGAUGGAGAUAUUUGACGGACUACUUUAUUUUGUGUACGACCUGGGCACUUUGACAAGCAGAAAAUUAUUCACAGACCGUAGAGUGGAUGAUGGCGAAUGGCACGAGGUCAUGAUGAAGGUCCAGGGCAAUCGAAUCACAUUGUCUAUUGAUGGACGGCCUUUCAGUGUACAAGUUUCACAGCAAAAUAUUCUCAAAAUGUUCUUCUAUCGACUUUUUGUGGGCGGGUAUGAUGAUUUCUCCAAAGCGCCUUGGCCUCUUUACACCAGACAGGGCUACCGGGGCUGUCUGGAGUCCCUGAAAAUCAAUGAUAUUGGAUUCGACCUUCACCUUUUCAUCAGUAACCAGAAUCUUCGCGGAGUCCAGAGAGGGUGUCAGUCAAUGAAUCGAUACUGUCAAACUCAGCCAUGCGUCAGCGGAUUCUGCAGGGACCGGAUGGACAACUAUGUGUGCGACUGUGCUAAUACGCCUUACACUGGCCAGAACUGUAACGAUGACGCUGUCGUUGCGGGAUGGGAUGGAACUUUAUCAACGACCUUCACCUUUGUAAACCGGGAAAUGACGCAUACAAAUGACAUCUCAUUCCGGUUCCUUACUCCACUUAGCGACACGAUACUCUUCAGAACGGAGGCGGAUAACAAGGACGAUUUUAUACAAGCACAGCUUGAGGAUGGUAAAGCCAAGGUCACCAUUAAAGUUGAUGGCCAAACACGAACGUUUGUGACUGGUAACAAUCUCAACGACUACUUUUGGCAUACACUUUACAUCCGUCGACGGGCCGACGAUGUUGAAGUCUGGGUUGACGACGAACCGCACAUGGUCGGUGUCAUAGGUGGCGAAAACUAUCAAUUAUUCAUUGACGAGAUCAAGUUCGGCGCUGUCGGAAGCACUGGCUCCUUAAAAGCAAAUGAUUACAUUGGCUACAUGCAAAACUUUAUUUAUGACGACCAAGAAUUGUUUAGUCAAUUAAAGGAACAAAACUCGAAUUCCAAAUGGAUCAUUAAUAUGCCUAUCGAUGAACUACCAUUGUUGACCUAUAAACCUGUCACACUUACUACUAGUGAAACAUAUUUCCAGUUACCAACUUUGUAUGAAAGUCGCACAAUGAAAAUAAUGUUCAAAUUCAAAACACGCGAGUCAAACGGUCUCAUCCUGUAUCACACUGGCGAAGGAAAUGACGUCAUCGCUAUUGAACUGAGUAAUGGUCAGGUUCGAUUAGCGUUCAAUCUUGGUGGAAGGAAUAUGUUCACAGUGGUCCCGACCAAGAUGCUAAAUGACAAUAUGUGGCAUACUGUUAUCGUUUCGUUGAGAAAUGGCCAAUUCUCGGUUAGAGCCGACAACGAGAAUAUUGACGUCACUACUAGCGACGGAGAUAGGCGGCUUGAUUUAAGCGGGAGCCUGUAUAUUGGAGGAUUACCAGCAUCAAUGUUUAGUAGCCCUAAAGUUGAUAAUCUAAUCGAGUCGAAGAAAGGGUUUAGGGGCUGUCUCGCCUCCAUGGAUCUGAAUGGUGCAGUGCCCGAUCUACUUAGGUUUGCCAACGAUAGACAAAGUGUACUAAACGGAUGUACAGAUUUAGAAAUGACGUGUGCACCAAAUGCUUGUGGGACGGGAGUAUGUAUGCCUGGGAUCAAUGAUUACUGGUGUAACUGUAAUAUGACCGGAUAUGUCGGAACACCAUGCACGGACUGGCCGAUCGGAUACUAUUUUGGUAAAAAUAGUGGCAAGGGUAUUAUUAUUUACGAAUAUCCGUUCGCGAAACAGUUUGACUCGGACGAGGAUACACUGGCGUUCGGUUUUAUGACGAGAGAAGAGAAUGGCGUAUUAUACAGAAUUGAGAAUAGUUUGGACACGAAGGAAUUUAUUGAAAUAAGAUUGGAAAAUGGUUUUAUCGUUGCUGAAUCGAACACCGGAAGUGGACUCAUUAGUAUAUCUGAACGCGCCAGGAAGUUCAAUGACGGCGAAUAUCACGUGGUCAGGUACAUACGCACCGGACGUAACAGUUCUUUACAAGUGAAUAAUCUGCCUAUGCAGACAGUUGCACAUUCAGGAGCCGCAACUCUGUUUAACAAGGUUUACAGAGUUAUGCUAGGUGGUAAGCUAGGUGAAGGUGGCGUCCUGUCCAACAACUUCUAUGGCAUUAUGGGAGGCGCAUUCUACAAUGGACAAAGAUGGUUUGAUAUGCAACACUCAGGACAGCUCUUGCACGGGAAACUCGUGAGGAUACGUGGAGACGUGGUACUAACCAGACCAUUCCUUCUUGUUGCAGGCGGAAAACCGACGACGGCAGCACCACCAGAUAUAUUUAUUCCUGUCGGAGAACCACUUCCUAGCGAUAUUGGCGGCGGUGGUUUGGUUGGACCAGGUAUCGGAGGUGGUUCGGCUGGACCCGGAGAUGUUGUUGGUGUAGGGGGUCCAGGUGGGAGUCUUACACCUAUUGGUGGUGUUGGUAUCGACGUAGUCGGUGAGCCAGUACCUCUAGCAUCUUCCCUGGUUGGGCCAGCACCCCCGGCAAUGGCAGGCGGAGCUCGAGCCGGAGCAGUUGUCGGAACAGUCCUUGGAACACUUGCAUUUAUGACUAGUCUCAUGUGGGCUCUGUACAAGCUGAAACCCGGGGUUCCUACCAUCAUGAGCCCUGGCGCCGGUUCGGCCGGUGGUGGUACUGGUAUGAGCAUCUCCGCACCAAGAGCCACCUCGAACUUGGGUGCGGUGCAGGCUGCUAGUGCUGGUGGCGGCGGUGCUGGCGGGGCAGGAGCAGGUGCAACCAAGGUGACAGUUGUUAACGGAUCGGCUGCUGGUGCCGGCGGUGGUGGCGGCGGUGGCGGAAGCUCAACUUAUACGUCAUAUUUCCAGUCUACCUCAACCUCGGUAGGUGGUGCCGGCGGUGGUGCCGGCGGUGGUGGUUCCGCCGUUGCUGGAGGUCACGCCGACGCCAUUGAUUCCUCAACUCUCAGAGCAACAGGCACAUUCUCUAAUAAAGGCACGGCUAUUGGUUCCCCUACUGCGAAACGAGCUCACCUUGGUUCCUCUUCUACAGGCUAUUCGGCAGGGUACCAGUCAAACACAAUGCAGAGCUAUGGUAGUUCAGCGGGCGGGACAAUGGACAGGGCAUAUGACAGUCGGUUUAUGUCUUCAACUUCCGGUGGUGACGCCAUACCUGAUUACGAUCUUCCGGUUCCUGGUACUCUGCAAUCCGGUUAUUCCUCUUCUACUUUAAACACCCACUACAACUACCAGGUGAAGGGAAGUGCUAAUAGCAGAUCAGGGUUUGUGGCAUCUAACCAAGUACAGCCUUCAACGCAUACAAGUGUUCUUUCAAUUAUUAUUUCCGGAGGUAAAGGUUCCUCCACACCGCCUCGUUCUGAUAUUUACUCAGCAGCUCUUGCGCCUGCGCGAGAUCAAGGUUUUGUUGACAGGUCGGAAGAUAUGAUUAUCGAACAAGCGCCACCUGUGAUGUUUGUCCGACCAAUGAUCGUUGUUGGAGAUAUGUCACGUGGUGAUGUUAAUCACCAAUCAAACUUGACAGUUCAUACCAGUUCUUUAUCACGUGAUAAUGUAAACCAACAGUCAAAUUUGAUAGUUGUCCCUGGAAAUAUUCCUACAGUUCGCUAUACCGCAGACGUUGAAUCUAUUUCAUUCAGUAGUGCGAACAGCAAUAAAAGACAUUCAGAAGGUAAAGUCAAAGAUGGAGUUUUUAGUUCACUUCGUAAAUCAUCAUUACAAACAACAUCGAACUCAGGAAAGAACGAUUUUGGAUACAACAGACUUGAAAGUUAUUCAUCCGAAACAAACAUUGAUGGUACUUUGACUCGUAAUUUAGGUGGUAGGAAAACAGGUAAAAAUGGCUCAAAGUCUGCUCAUUCGCGUGACGAUCUCUACGAAUCAACCAUAACUGUAACGUCAACACUUGAUUCUGUAGACAAUAGCCUUUUUAGUCUGACAGAAGAAAGUACUCAAGGCGCAUGCGCACAGGAAGCACUUUCCGCAAGCAAUGAUAGCCUAGGUUUGUUUAAUGUUUCAAGUGGUACACCGGAGGGACAUAUUUAUCUAGAGUUCCAGAAUGAACAACCCGCGCCAUCUUCAGAUGUUGUAUAUGCAAAAGUCAACAAAACUCAGAAGCAAAAGCAGAAGAAAAUUACAAGCAAGUCUGUAGAUAUAAACGUUAGGGAAUCUGAAGAUGGAUUUGAAAUGGUUGACGCAAAAUACACCGUGACAUGCACAGCAGAGCUGAAGGAUGGUAAUCAUUCCGAUGACACGAUGAAAGAAACCAUUCUUGAUAUGAGCGAGUCGGCAAUGUCGUUCGAUGAUACAAUUAAAGCUUUUGAAAACUUGGCAGAUGUUGAUAUUGAACCAGAACCGAAGUCUGCAGAAUUUACAGAAUCGCAAACAGAGCGCGCAGAAAACGUGAUUGAAUACCAACCAGCGCAGCUAACCAGAAAGAAGAAAGACUCGAAGACUGACAGAAGUGAGACAAGUGUUGACAUCUCUAAUAAUCUGUUUACCGGAACCGGAAGCAGUGGACAGAAAGUGAACACGUGGACAUCUUCAGUGACGAAUACACAGGUGACCCAGAGUACAAGCGUCACAAACAUGACGUUUACAACAUCAUCAAGCGUUUCUAAUGACAGCACUACGGUGGGAACCAUGUUGAAUAAAGGACUACUGGAAGAUGAGCUAGAUCGGAGUGUAAAUGCUCUCCUAGUUGGUAUUGAUGUUGAUACUGCGGAAUGGACUGCCAUCAAAGACAAAACUGUUUCAUCAGAUUCCGAUAACGACACUUAUGAGGUACAAAAUUUGAAGACAGUUACUGUGAACAAACAAGGACAGUAUGUGAUGUCGAGUGCAAUGGGGGCUGGGGCUGUCACACCCGGGGCAGCCGCCGACGAGGUUAGAGUUGACUGCUGCCUAAUGACCGGCAAUGGAGCCAGUGUUGUCACAGGUUCGAGCCUUGGACCACCACAAGUUUGGGAUAUGCAGACUGGAGAAUUACAAAACAUCAUGAAAGGAGAUACUGUGGGAUCAACUAACCUUCACCUUGUGUGCGGGGACCGGCUGCUGGUGGGUGCUGUACAUGCAGACAUGGAGAUCAACGAAUACUCGAGCAGAAAAGGCGUCUUUAAUCACACAUUACAGAUUUGGGAUUUCCAAACAGGGCGACCAUUGUCAAUGGCGGAGGGAGAAUAUUGCUCCACUUUGUGUCCAAUGAGCGAUAGUGACAAAGUCUUAUUUGGUAGAACAGACAAAUUUGGGGACGCCACGUCCAUCAUAGCCUGGGAUCUGAUGGGUAACCAGAUGAUCAAGGAGAUGCGAUAUGACGCACCGGUUGGAAACAAUGAUUACAUCUCAUAUCUGAAUAAAUCAAAGAACGACCGCUACAUAGUAGCUGGUUUCACCAACUCAUUUGACAAUAACGCUGAAUUCAUGACAUUUGAUAUGACGCUAACUAGUUACAAUAUUAGCGAGCCCGCCAUGUUGAAAUUAGACGCAAAUCCUGACUGUACUGCCAUAUUACCAAAAGACGAAGCCGUGACUGGUUUGCGAAACGGUGACCUAGUUAUUUGGAAUAUACGCACUGCGCAACCAAGCAGACAGCUUCUUGGAAGUGGUGGUGCGCAUGCGCACAGUAGAGAAGUGAAAUCUGUUACGCUUUCCGAGGACAGUCGCUACUUGGUGUCCUCAUCCGCAGACGGAACGCUGAAAGUUUGGGAUAUGCACACUGAACGACCUAUCCACACUCUUCAAGGUCAUACUGACGAGGUUUGGUGCUCUGCAAUAUCGAACGAUAACGAGAUUGUGGUUUCCGGUUCUGCAGACGGCACUAUUCGACUUUGGAGAAUGAAGAAUGGAACCGAAAUGUGUACAUUCAACUGCGGAGUAGAUAUUUUCUACGUCACCAUGUCACGUGACAAAGGAACCAUUGUUGCCCUUGGCGACAAAUAUGGUGCCCGGAAGCUAAUUAUGUUGCAAGUUGUUAGAACGAAAAUAAAGAAAAUAGUUAGCUCUUAGGGACUCAUUCAUUAGUGUGACAGAUCAAGAACAUCGAUUAAAUAAUUUUUGUGAAAAAUAAAUCAGAAAAAUAGCCUUUGUAUGGGUGACAUUGUGAUAUUGACAGAAAAAAACAACAACAACAAAGUAAGAUUUCUCGUUAAAACAAUCACUAACUUCGUCUAUAAAUGACAACUCGAGUAGCUUUUGACAUAUUUCAAGUAUUCUGCAGCUUGUAUAAACAACUUAAUAUUUACGGCUUUUACUUUCUAAAUCAUUUCAUAUUUUUAUUAGACAUUUCUAACGUAAACGUAAAUCGGAAACGUAUUACUGAAACCGUAAAUGUUAUUUGCAAAUAACGGUCUAAGGGAGAUACUAUAGCAUUACUAUUGGAUGAAAUUGUCUCCCAUAGACCACAAAUUAGCCUAAAAUUUUACGGAUUCAGUAUUCCAUUUCGUAAUUACGUUUACGUUAGAAAGGUCUAUUAGCAACAAAGGCUAUUUAUGUCUUACGUCUUACUAGGUGUCAAAAUUUUGAACAAUUCUCGUCACUAAAAUAUCUUGUUUCAACGAAGGAACGAAUGUUCUGAAGGGUAAAAAGGUCUUAAAUUGAAUUUGUUUUGUAUUAAAGGGACAUGACUCCAGAUUUAAGUCAUUUUUUAAUGGAAAGGAUAAUGCACUUUUUGUAUUUUUCACUUUUUAAUGAUAAGUAAAACAUGGUGAUUCUAUUAGAUUUUUUCAGUAUUUAUAAACACAAUAUGAAAGUAUUAAAUAAUAAAAAGUUUAUUGAAAAUUUCUAUGCAGUGAAAGGUUGAUGUACAGUUUUAUGUUUUAUUAAGGUUAUUAAAUAUCAGCUAAUUUUUGAUGGUAUAUAGUACGUUUCUCUCUGUUUAAAAAAAUAGAUUUAAUUAAUGUAGACAAAAAUAAUGAACAGUAACGUGAAUCUGGAAGCAUGUUCCUUUAAAAGUACUUUAAAAACCUUCUAUGUUUCAGAAAAUUUAAUUGAAAAAAAAAAAAAUAACUGAUCAAUUUCAUCAGAGUUUUCCUACCUAUGUCAUGAAUUAUUUUUGUAACGUUGUUAAAUGGUGCUAAGAUUUCCACAGUCCAUGAAUUAUUUAUUAUAUAGCCACGGAAGUGUAACGAAAUAUGAUAUUGUAUUAGUUUUUGAUUUCGACGUUGUUUUUUUUUAUUUUUGUAUUGUAGUUUGCCUUUGUCGUAUUUAUUUUAUUAAGGAUUGAAGUAUUUGAAAGUCAUCCGAUUUCUUACGUUUUGUUAACCAAAAUAUAGCUAUAGUAUAUGUAAAUAAAAGGUAUUAAAACAAUGAAUUCUGAAUAUGCAAGGCUAUUUAAAACAUAAAGGGAAAAUAUCUGUACUCAAUGUAUUUUUAAACUCCGUCAAAAACCUCGGCGUUCUGGAAUUAUGCAUGCAAACGCUAAACUAGGAGCCAAACAUGUUCGAUUUUUUUUUUAUUUUAGUAGAAUAAAUACGGUAAAUUUUUAUUUUUGUAUUUUAAUACUUUUAGUUUGAAUGUAGAUGGUUUUGUUACAUGUUGUCUUUGAUAAGAAUUCUCACCUAUCAAGUGCAAUGUAUUAUAAUUUUAAUAUGCUUUAAUAUUGUAUAUGUAUGUCGGUAAUAGAAUGUUAGAAUACUUGUUGAUUGUUAGUCGAUUUGUUUUAUUUAUCAAAAUUUAAUUUUAUUAAAUUAAAUAAGGAAUAAAAAUUACCAUACAGUUUCAAAAUAAAGUGCUACAUGUAAUCUAAUUUGUUUUCAGUAAGGACUCACGAUCUACCAAGUUUUCUGUUUCAUAAGAUGUUUAGUUUAGUCAUACACUAUGUUAAUUUAUAACAUUUAAGGAGAAGUUAGCUAAUAUUCAUUUUAAGAAUUUAAUGCCGCUAGAAUCCUUCAAUAAAGUAGAAUUCGCCUUCGAUAAAGUAGAGGUCUCCUUUGAUAAAACAGACGUCCUCUUCGAUAAAGUAGACGUGUUUGAUAAAGUAAACGUCUGCUUCUAGAAAGUAGAUAUCUCCUUCAAUAAAAUAGAAGUAGAUCUAUCAUUAAUUAAAAUAGACAUAUUCGGUAAAAUUAAACUCACGUUCUAGAAAAUGAAGUCUCUUUCGAUAAAAUAGAAGUCUUCUUCCAGAAAAUAGAAGCCUCCUUCUAUACAAGUGAAGUCUCCUUGAAUAAAAGAGAAGCCUGCAACGAUAACUGAUAAGCCUUUAAGCGUAUUUUUUUCUGAUACUGUCUUCAGGUUAGAACACAUAGUCACUGUGAUUGCUACUAUAUACCCAACAUGCACAAGUGGCAGUUGAACUAAUUAAUGGCUACCCGUUUGUCAAUACGAUUUGGAUCUGAAAUACGAGAAUAAACACUUCAACAAUAAACGCUCACAACUACAUUCAAAUGAGGAUUUAACGAUUUAACGUUACAUUAAAAUACAACGGAUCUUCAACUAUAAUAAUUUUCUCUGAAUUAAAUGAUAUAAUUUUAUACAGGUUUGUUUUUUAUUUGUAAUAAAUUCAUUUUACAUUAAUGUAUUACACUAAUAUGAUUUUAAAAGCUUUUUAUACUACCGCUCAUAUUGCUAAAGUCUUACUUGAUAUUUACUGUAAUAAAUCGCCACAUUGUU